UGUUAAAAAAUAAAGUCUAAAUGUGUGACUAUAUAUCUCCAAAAAUCAGCUGAAGUAACUCACUGUAGCUUCAUUAGAUGUCAAUUAUGCUCCAAAAGAGUACACAAAUCAAGUUCAUGACAGCAGAAAAAACCAGCCCAGGAUCUCCUCAAUUUGCUUAAAUGAACUAGGGGUACAGAGAUGCGCUUUUAGAGAUCCGUUCAUUGAAGUUGAACUAUAGCCAUGAGAUGGCAAGACGUGAGGCUUUUGAAGCCUCCUGCAAUGCUCUCAGGACAGAUAAUGGACGCUUGAGAAAGUUGUAUGCUGAAUCUUUGACCAAAUUAACAAGCCAGAUUAAACAUCACAAGAAAUGCCAAAGCUUGAAGGAGGAACUAGGAAAAACAAGUGAGAGGUUGCUUACUCUAAAAGAUGAGUAUAGGAAAACUAUAGAAAUGCUUGAUCAAGAGAAUGAAAGGAAAAUCAAUGAUCUAGAAAAGCAGAUCAGCUGCUAUUGUCUUCAAAGAGCAUCAGAUGAAAAUGUCAUAAAGAAACUCCAACAAGAAUUAUCUGCUCAUGAAACUCAAAUAUACAAUCUGACUCGCAACUUGGAAGAGGUCACUGCUAAUGUGGAUUUUAAAUACAAUCGUGAGAUGCAAGAAUUGAAGGAUUGGAUUAUAGUUGAACAAGAGGAGAAAAAGCAGCUGUACAAGAAACUCCAAGACGCAGAAAAUGAGUUGCAAACCAUGAGAAAUAAGCAAGCAGAACAACAAAGGGAGUCCAUCUCUAUCCGUCAAGUUGAAACGCUAAAGCAAAAGAUUAUGAGACUCCGCAAGGAGAAUGAGUCACUAAAACGGCAGAAGCAAGGCUCAGAUUCAUGACAGUCUUCACAACCUCUCCCUUUUGUUAUAACUCCCCCAGCUUAGAAGUGCAACUGAUGAGAAUAUUUUGGCAAAACACCAAAGCCCAUGAGACUAGGAUGCCAUUAUGCCAUAUAAAAUUUGGGUACCCGCUGGUGCACCUCUUGUACGAGGAAACUGUAUCCAUUCUUUACCUUGUUCUCAAAUAGUGAAUAUAUACACAGACUGAGUUCAUUCCGAGUGCUAUUCAGAUCUCUAUUGGGUAUCAUGAUGAGUUUAUAGAAUAAUUCUAUAUUAUGUUACGAAUUUGUUUAUAAAUGUGUUGGAGUUAAAUAUUUGGUCCACAACUGAAGUAUAACUAAGCAUAACAAUGUGUUGUAGAACAUUAUACAGCUAUCACAUCCAUGAAGAAUUCAUAUCCAUG